AUGAGCAGCCACAUAAGCAACCCUUCUUCUAGAGUUGAGCUCGUUGAAGAUGUGAAGCGAAUUAUACUGGGUUAUCUCUCACUCUACACUGAUCUACAGGCGCUUUGCCUGACUUCAAAGAGCUGGAAUCGCAUCGCCACAGAGUACUUGUACAGGAGGGUUGUGCUCGAAGUUCGUGCUCAGGACGGCCAACUGGCUCUAUUCCGUCAAUGUGUUGAUUCUGGCGCACGAAAGCACUUGGUGCACACACGAAGCUUGAGCCUACUCAACUUACUGCCAUGGGAGUUUGGAACCGUCUCAUCAGCGGAUUGUCCGAUGGAUGAAGCGACCAGAAAUGCUUUGAUGUCAGGGAUUUUGCAAGAUAUCCCCUCCAACAAGCUCCGAGAGUUCCGUUACGUUGCUUGGGACCAUGGUUAUAUGGACCCGAACCUCGUAAGCCUUCUCAAAGAGCACCAGCAGUCUAUCGACAGUCUGCACGUGUUGCGUGGUGACUCCCGCAAGCUCAUAUCCCCAAAAACGCGUCGCGUUACUGUUGCUUUCCGCGGAGAACACGACCAGACACAUAAAUUUUUGCAGUUUGCUCUAGCACUACCUGCGCUCGAUUCACUUUCGAUACUUUUCCUGGAGGGAUGGACCCAGAAAGUUCAUAAAUACUGGGGCGAUGGUCACAACAUUAGUGCAUUUGCAGACCAGAAGAUUGUAGCGCGCACACUCAUGCUUGAUGGUUGUAUGCCUGACACGUUCGAUUCUGCCCUCCCUUACGUCUUCGAUUUGUCGCGAGUGACUAAGCUAGCUCUCUCAGAUUGCAAAUUGGAUCUACUGCAACACCUAUCCAGCUCACGCGAACUACAGAACCUGACAGACGUCGAAAUACGGACCCCAGAACAUUUCGAUGAAACUGCAGGCGAGAACGCAAGAGCGCUGUUUUUGAAGAACCAAAGUCUUCAGCACCUCCGUCUCCACAUCAAUGGCCUCCACAGUGUAUCUCUGGACCCCCAAGAUACACCAGAUGCAACACCAUAUCUGUGGCCGCUGCAUCCGAGGCUCAAGACGCUUUCACUGUUAGAUCUAUAUCGUGAGGGGGAUAACGAGCACUUUCCUUUUAUAGUUGAACCAGAGUUUCAACAGAUAUGCAGUCACUUUAGCGCCUUGGAACAACUCGGUCUGUGUUUCUAUGACUUCGAUAUCCCUAGAAGUGAGGCGGAGAAAAGGUUUUCCUACGUAAUCAAGAUUCUGGAACCAAUCGAAAGACUCAAGAAUCUCAAGAUCCUACAUCUUUACCAGGACCGAGUUAGAACUGUGCGUCCAUCCACUCCUCAAGUGCAUAUUUGCGAAAUUCAUCAAGAGUUCGCUACACGGUUCUUCCAAUGGGCGCAUCAUCGAUGUCCUUUACUUGAGGUUCUCAUAUGGGGUACUUAUGAAGAGAAUUUCCACCAAGAGGCGUGGCAGGUGACUGAAGAUGCAAAGCAAGGACGAGAUACUUCUGACUGUGGCGUAGACCGUGCGCCACAACAAUGCUUCGUGAAGAAGUUGGUAGAGCUGGAAGACGGUACUUCCCAGAUCGCAGGAGCGAGUAGGGUCACCCGGAGUCGAAUUCGACAUGACUUCCCGGAACUGCAAAUACUGAGCUACGAGACCGGCAGACAUAUCGAAACUCGCCUGGCGGAUGAAGCCGUACGUUGA